AUGAUGUAUGAGGACACCACCACCAUGUCUGACAGACCAAGACAAGAAGAAGUUAUCACCUGUGGCUAUGUGCUCGACACCCCAGCUGCUGUAACUCUGGCGAACCGCGUUCAAACGCAGCAAGUUCUGACCGCAAAACAGCGGACCAAGAUUCUUUCGACUCUCCACGACUUAAUGAGGCGCAUUGGGGGAGUGGGAUGCACCUUGUAUGGAGAUAUUGAGAUGUUGCACACCCCCGAAAACUCAGUAUACCUCCUUGCCACACAGUCUGCUCAGGGCCUCUUCCCAGCAGAUCCAAUCACUCGGGAACCAAUACUCACAGAGGAUGAUAAGUUUCAAGAGGGAGAGCUAGAGAUCUAUGUUAAGGAGCAACUCGAGAGCGAUGGUAUCAACCAUCAGGGCUUCGUCACCGAUUUUCUUGAAGUUUAA